GCGGUUUGAAAGCACAGAGAGGCAACUUUUGUCAAUAUUAUUAAAAUUUACCAAAUUACCUGACAAGACCGAAGCGAGUGUUGACUGUCACAAAGAUAUCUUAUCUUCAAGUAAAUCGAGACUAGUCGUUGAUGUACUGUUGCCUUACUGUAGCUUAACGCGAGCUAACUUUAAUAAAUAAACUUGGUGCGCUGACGUUAGCCGGCUAACUUAGCUAGCUGCGGCGGUGUCCAGCUGCCUGUAUUUAACUUAUUCCGCUAAAUGUUGCCCCAGUGAAGCACAAAAAAGUGUGUUCUUUCUUUCGUCGUAGCCUAACACGACGUGUUAAAAUGGCGAGUGUGCACGAAAGUUUGUAUUUCAACCCCAUGAUGACGAACGGAGUGGUGCAUGCUAACGUGUUUGGCAUCAAAGACUGGGUGACUCCGCAUAAAAUCUCCGUCCUGGCGUUGCUGUACGACAUGACUGCGUCCAAAAUCACGCUGCCGGAAAGAAGACGACUCAACAAACUCAUCCUACCCCUGCAGCAGGGUCCAGACCUGACUCUCGGACAGUUCCUGAAGACUGUGGAAGAGUGUUGCCCUCAGACUGCAUAUGCUGUCAAACUCAGGUUGCAUGAAAUGGCAGACGGAGAGCUGAAAGACAUGGAGUACUUCUUUUCCACUCUUCCCACUCCAUUCACUGCUUUUGAUUCUGAGGCAUAUAAAACCAGUGUUGUGGGUCUUUUUAUGAGGCACAUGAUUCUGGCCUACAACAAGCUGUCCUUUAGUCAGGUCUACAAGCUGUACAAGUCCCUGCAGCACUACUACCACAGUCAGUACGGCAAGCCUACUGAUGGGCAGGCGGUUUUGCCAGCGCUGGUCGCUGACGACUCCGACAUGGACCUCACCAGCACUGAGGAUACUGUCGGGGACAGGACAGACAAAGAGGAGUUGGACACCCCACUGCAUGAGUCAGAGCUUCGAAAUGACAAUAUUCCAAGCAGAGGCCCGCUGUCACAAAAACAAGCAGAGUACUUUCUUGCAAGACAGGCAUAUCUUCUGAAGAAUGAUGAAAACAAAGCUCUGAAACCCGCUGCGCUGCAAGAAGAGCUUAACAACAUGCUGAAGUUUAACCCAGAUUUUGCUGAGGCGCAUUUCGUAAACUACCUGAACAACAUGAGAGUCCAGGACAUCUUCCUCUCCACCCACAGUCUCUUACAUUAUUUUGACCGCCUCAUCUUAUCUGGAAACGAGGGAAAGAGCAACGGGGAUGAGGGCUACGGCCGAAGUCUCCGCUACGCUGCUCUCAACCUGGCAAGCCUGCACUGUCGCUUCGGCCACUAUCAGCAGGCUGAUCUGGCUCUACAGGAGGCUAUCCGCAUUGCCCAGGAGUCCAAUGAUCACGUGUGCUUACAACACUGUCUGAGUUGGCUCUACACACUGGAACAAAUGAGGGGAUCCGACAGCACCGUGUUAACCGAGGAUUCAGUAAAAAUGGCUGCCCAUUUCUGCCUGCCAUACUUGGCAUCUCUGGGCAUUCAGUCUUUGGUCCAGCAGGGGGCGACACAAGGUAAGACAGCCCACAAACUGAUGGAUGCGCUGAAGGACACAGACAUCCUGCACUGGAAGCACAGUCUGUCGGAGCUGAUCGAGAUCAGCCUGGCUCAGACUACGUCCAUAUGGAGGAUGUACGGCAAGAGCACCAUGGCUCUGCAGCAGGCCCAGCUGCUUCUCAACAUGAGCAGUCUGGAGCCAGUCAACUUCGGGGUCCAGCAGAACAACACGGAGGCGUUCGCCGUGGCUCUCUGCCACCUGGCCGAGCUACACGCUGAGCAGGGCUUGUACAGUGCAGUUUCGGAGAUUCUACAGCAUCUGAAAGAGCAGUUUCCUCCUCACUCACAGCAUGCUAAGCUCUGGAUGCUGUGCGAUCUGAAAAUCCAGUUUGAGAGACACAUGAACGAGGGGAAAUACCAUUUGGCAGAACCACUAGUCACAGCGAUCUCUGCCUUAAACAAAACAGAGGGUCUCUACAGGAAAGCUCAAGUUCUGAAGGCUCUAAACCGAAGCACUGAGGCGUACAGCAUCUUACAGCGGCUGCAGGUGCACUGUGAGAAGACUAAAUGUACAGAGGUGGUCAUCAGAGUUAUGGUUUCCACUGCUGAGCUCCACUGGGAGUCGUCUGGCUUCUCCACAGCUGUUCCUCUCCUCCUGCAGGCCUUGGCUCUGGCUAGGCAGCACCACCUACAGUCCCUGGCCUCAGAGACCAUCCUUCACCUGGCCUUCACUCAGCUGAUGUUGGGGGUUCCUGAGCAGGCUCUGAGUGUUCUGCAUGAAGCCAUCGAGCCUGUUCUGGCCCACGGAGCAGUCAUGGACAAAGGCCGAGCUCUGCUGCUGACAGCCCGUUGUCAGAUGGCGGUGGCUGGGUUCAAGCCGAACGGACAAGGGCAAGCAGAUUUGCGUUUGGCGGUUUUGGCUGUCGACACACUAAACGAGGCUGCAGCCUAUUUCUCCAAGCUGAACUGUAAGGAGCGACUGCGGGACGUCCACUACCUGCAGGCUCAGCUCCACCAUUGUCUGGGACAAACCUCGCAGUGUAACAAAAGUGCCAUGCUCUUCCGGGUUUUGGACCAGGAGCUGCAGUCGCCAGCACCACCCGUCUCUAUGCGACUCUAACUGCUCCCUGUCCAACAACAAACUGGAGUUAUUUUGUCUUGUGACACGGACACAACAGGGAGUUUAGUCACUGCCACUAGAUGGCGGUGAAGAUCUGUCCUGCACCAGAGCAUUUCAUAAAUCAGUAUUUAGGCCAUUUAGUUAUUCUUUGCACUCAGUGCUGUGAUAAGAAUUAGAGAAAACAAUGUCAGUUGUCAUGACUAAGGCUGACUUUCCAGUAGACCAAGAAGAGAUUUGAAUGAUGGCCUGAUUACACAACAAGCAACAGUCCAGACUCGUCAGACAGACGUAACGUCCCAGCCAGCGGUGUGGUAGAAAUGUCCGAAGUUUAUCAGGAGCUGUCACGGGCGUGCUGUUUUACCCACCGCUUCUUGAUGAAUGAGGGUAAUAUCACUGUUAGCUACAAGACGAAUGUGUUUCAAUGGCCUGGAUGAUUCAUAUUUCGCCAGGAGAAUACUGAUGAAGCUGGAAUCCGAAGGAGGAAAUCGUGAUCCCAUUUAUAAUGCAGUAGACCUGCAAUGACAUAACACCACAUACUGCAUCUGUAUUCCACUUGUAUCUGACACGAUUUGUGACAACAAUCUUGGCUGAUAAUAUUACACUCAGGUGUCCUGACGGGCCUGUAAUCCAUUACUUAGUGCACAUACUUCAAGAAAAUAAACAACUUGUUUCAUCUUA